CGGCGCCUACUUUGAUUACCUCUUUACUCAACUCAAUUUAAAUUUUUUUGGCUCUCUUUCUCUCUCUUUCAGGUAGGGUUUUCCCAUUUUUAGAUAACCAAAAAUUACGAAACUAAAUAAAUUUAUUUUUCAAAUACCAAUUUUCCGUUCAGAUUUUCCAAUCCUACUACUUUACGAGAAAAUUUUUCUCUAGAAAGCCAACAACUUAGCGGAUCCAUCGAUGGCACUGCUAGGGGCGAGCGGUGGCGACACUAUCAAGCUCUUCGAUGUUUCGCUUGAGCCCGGCGAUCCGUUCAUUUUAAGUUACACGCCUUCUCCCGGUUGCCUUGUCAACUCAGUCAAGUGGAACCACACAAAUUUAGUUGUUGCAAGUGCUGGAGAGGAUAAGAAGAUAUCGUUGUGGAGGAAAAAUGGGCAGAGCAUGGGAACAAUUCCAGUCUCUGGUACUGAUGGUGGAGACAAUUUUGAGGAAUCUAUAUUGGCUAUUAGCUUUAGCAACAAGGGAUCCAGAUAUAUAUGUUCUGGUGGAAGCAGUCAAGUAGUAAGAAUAUGGGAUUUGCAGCGGAAACGUUGCAUCAAGUGGUUAAAGGGCCAUAAUAAUUCUAUAACAGGAGUGAUGUACAAUUGCAAGGAUGAGCACUUGGCUUCUAUCAGUCUAAGUGGGGAUCUUAUUCUUCAUAACCUUGCUUCUGGAGCAAGGGCUGCUGAAUUAAAGGACCCUAAUGAACAGGUGCUGAGAGUGCUUGAUUAUUCACGGAUUAGUCGACACCUUUUAGUGACUGCAGGUGAUGAUGGGACUGUGAAUUUGUGGGAUACAACCGGUCGUAGCCCAAAGGCUUCUUGGCUGAAACAGCAUUCUGCUCCAACCGCUGGGAUUAGCUUCUCGCCAUCCACUGAUAAGAUAAUUGCUAGUGUUGGGCUGGAUAAAAAGCUAUACACUUAUGAUUCAGGGUCUAGAAGACCAUCAUCUUGCAUUACUUAUGAGGCACCUUUCUCUUCGUUGGCCUUUAGAGAUGAUGGUUUGGUGCUGGCAGCUGGAACAAGUAAUGGUCGAGUGGUUUUCUAUGAUGUCCGUGGCAAACCACAGCCUUUUACUGUUCUUCGUGCUUAUAGUGCUACAGAGGCUGUUUCAAGUUUAUGCUGGCAAAGAUCAAAGCCAGUUAUUGUUAAUGAGAGCACUUGUACUGCCGAGACUGCUCUUUUGGGGGGUUCUGCAGAAGAUUCGAUUCUUAUGCCUGACCCACUUCCUUCAGUGACAUCAUCAAGCGUUUCAUUGUCCACAGCAGUAUCAGGUUCACGUCUUGUUGGGCGUUCAGGCACUAGUGCAGAAGCAUCUUUGCUUUCAGUGAAUAGUGGUGGUUCUGUAUCAAGCACAUUCAACUUCUCUUCAACUGAGGAAACACCACAACGUAGCCAUCUCAGGCCAGGGGGACCAUUGGCAAGAUUGCAUGCUCCUCGUGGUAGUUAUAACUUUAAGGAUGAUAUGGAGGUAUUUUCCCCACUUGUGGAUGUUCAGCCAAUUACACCCUCACUUGAUAAGAUGUGGGAUAAUCAUGAGGGAGCAAAGAAAGAUCAUCCACCUGUUGAUAAGAAGACCUCAUCCCUUUUGUUUCCUUCAUCCAGUAGGAGAUUCCCUUUUGCAGAGGAUGGAGCUAAUGAUCAUCCAAUUUUUGAUUGGAAAUCCAGUUCAACCUCCAAACAGGAUGAUAUCAAAUCUUCCUUUACCGAAUCAGUGUCUACACCUGCUCCAUCUUCCAAGGUUGAAGACGACUCCUCCAUCACACCUCCAGAAGCUUGGGGUGGUGAAAAAUUACCUGAUAAAUUUACCAACCUGCGUCUGCCGUCUCGUUUUGGGACGUUGACUUCUAUUGGUCUGACAGCAGGGUCUGUGUAUUCCGAUCUGUCCUCAUCACUUAAUCAGAUGAAUACAAGCUUCUUGACAAGUUCUAGCUUGAGCUAUGAAAACUUGAGCACCAAGGAUAUCUCUUCAAAGCAGGAGCCCUCUUCAUUGGGAUUUCCAGAAAGCCUUUCCUCAAGUUCAACAUCAUUGUCUCUUGGCGGAAAAGGCUUUGCAGGAGCAGCUGGUCUUGACUUACCCAGAAACUCUUCGACUCUACCUCGAAGAUUUUCAACCUAUGCUGAGAGAAUCAGCACUACUUCCACCUUCAGUGAUGGCACUUCUCCUUCAAGUGCUUCACCCAAAACAAAGAAAACAGGAGCUGAAACCAGGGAAGAAAUUUUGAGUAGCUUGUUGUCAAGAUGUGAUACAUCGGCUGCAAUGGAACCAGGAGCUCUUCCAGCUAUAAAUGGAACCCUAAAGGCUUCACAGCCAGAUCCACAGCAGGGAAGUAAUUUUACUCUUCAGCUCUUUCAGCGCACUCUUGAAGAAUCUCUUGAUUCAUUCCAGAAAUCCAUACAUGAAGAUAUGAGGAACCUUCAUAUUGAAAUCUUAAGACAAUUCCAUAUGCAGGAGAUGGAAAUGUCAAGUGUGAUGAGCUCAAUUCUAGAAAACCAAGCUGAGCUGAUGAAAGAAAUCAAGUCUCUCAAGAAAGAAAACCAACAUCUGCGUCAACUUCUAUGAGUACUAGUGAAGAUGACUUGGUAUUGUGGUUAUUUGUUGAAAAUUUCCAUGAUUUUAUGCUUCUUAGGUAUUAUAUAGUUAACUACGCUUGGUUUUUUUUAUUUUUUUGGGCCAAUGGGAGUAGAACGAGGUUAUAAAAGGCAAGAUCAAUUGAAAAAAUUGACAAAAUUGCAAAAAAAAAAAAAAAAAAAUCAUAUUAGAGGUAGGAUCUAUGACCCUGUACAGAUGUGUUGGCCUAAUGAAAUGAAACUUCUAAUUGGAUGCGUA